AUGGCUCUGCGGCCCUGUAACGGACAGCGACUGACGCUGAAUGACGGGCGGGAGCUUGAGGAGUGGACGAAGGAGACGGUGUCGCUGUGGCUGCGGUCCAUUGGUGUUGGUCUCGUCAAGGGACUGCAGGGCCUCAACGGCAGCGACCUCGUCCGCCUCACACACGAUGACCUGCUGCUGCUUGGGGUGCACGACCCAAAGACCCAGGACAUCAUCCUCUCUUCCCGUGACGCCCUCCUCCCCACAUUCAACACCGCGGAUGACGACGACGAGACGGGGGACGACCCUGCGAUUGAGGAUGAGCCGUAUGUGUCCCCCGAGGAACUCCGCUCCCCAGCGUACAUGCUGCAGAAGACCAGGGCUGCCAGCGGUGGCAGCAGCGGCCAUGGUGGCGACGAUAACAGGCCAGGCGCAUACGAGGACAUGACGCCAGAGGCGCUGUGCAUCCGUAAUGGAGAACUGCGCAAACUGCUCGCCGACAGCAGCAUGACGCAAUACUCACGCCUCUUUGUGAAAGAAGGCAUUGACGAUGUGACGACGCUGUGCGAGUACACGACAGACGAGCUCAAGUCGCUGGGGCUCAAGGGCGGGCACGCCAAGCGGCUGCUGUCGCAGGCCCGGGACCUCAACCCAAAGUACCGCACCAACGCGUCUCGUCUCGCCUUUGAACUGCAGGAGAGCGAGCGCCGUCUCAGGGACCACGUUGAGCGGUUGACGACGGUGCAGCUGGCCAAGUUCCGGCCAAACGGGCGGCCGUGGGAGAUUGAUCGCGACACUGUCUUUGAAGGAAAGCUCCUUGGCGAGGGCGGGUUUGGCAAGGUCUACUUUGGCACAGCUGCACACCUCCUGCCUGAUGAGGAGGAGACACUUGUGGCCAUCAAGAAGUUGAAACCAAACGCGAGCGAGCUGGACAAGCGCGAUUUCCUGGACGAGAUCCACGUCAUGCAGCAGUUUGACAGGCACGAGAACCUUGUGAACCUUCUUGGGUUCUGCGUGCGCCAGGAGCCUAUGAUGCUCGUGCUCGAAUACAUGAAGGACGGCGACAUGCUGUCGUUUCUCCGCAACAAUCGUCCAACGGAGGAGGACCCAGAGCCCCGCAUCAAGGCGCCGGAGUUGCUUGGGUACAUGGCAGACGUUGCGGCGGGGAUGGCAUACAUCAGCAGCCGCCACUGCGUGCACCGUGAUCUCGCCGCCCGAAACAUUCUCCUCGAUCGCCCGCGCGCAGCCGUCGCUGACUUUGGCCUCGCAAGACGCAUGACGGAGCAGUAUGCGUACCUGAUCCAGAACAAGCAGCGUGCACUGCCGACGCGCUGGCUUGCACCCGAGAGCCUCUUGUACCAGAAGUUCACCUCCCAGACAGAUGUGUGGGCGUUUGGCGUGACGAUGUGGGAGAUUGUGAUGAUGGGGGCGGUGCCCUAUCCAGGCAUUCCGACAACAAACCUGUUCCGCCUCCUCCUCAGCGGCCACCGUAUGGACCGUCCGCAGAACUGCUCCCAGGACCUCUACAACCUGAUGCUUUCGUGCUGGAACAAGCUGCCGAGCAAGCGCCCGACGUUUGAGAGCCUUGAGCGGCAGUUGCGACAGUUGCGCGCGCGUGCAACGCACCAUCUUGAUGACACCGUUGAGGGCACGCGUGAAUACCUCACACUCGACGUCACCGACGAGGACGAUGAAUGGAUGCCACAGCUCGAUGCCCUGCGCGAAGACCACGACGGCGAUGACAGCGCGACAACGACGUGCUCCACCGGUGCUCGAUUGGAGCGAUCGGGUGCCGUUGAUCACGCCGACUCGCGCCACACAUCCGUCUCACAGGCACUGGAGCAGCACAAACAACAGCAGGCGCAACAGGGUGGUGACACUGGUGGUGUUGGCGGCGGUGGUGAAGGUGAUGGUCAGCCAACGCUGCCGCAGCAGGCGACGUACGUGUUCCACAUGCCAAAGCUCGACCGCACCCCAUCUGCCGGUGUCAAGGGCGAAGCAGCGACGGGGCUACAGCGACAAGGGUCUGGGUACCACCGCAUGCUGCGAAAGCAGGAUGGGUCAUUCGAGGUGGCGAUGGACGCCGGUGCCGGUGAAACGGACACGGAUGUGUAUGUUGAUGUUGACCGUGACAGCAGCCACCACCAACCCGCACCACAACCACACGCGUACGAUGACAUGAAGCCACGACCCAAGCCGCAUGCGUACGAUGACAUGAAGCCACGACCCAAGCCGCAUGCGUACGAUGACAUGAAGCCACGAUCCAAACCACACGCAUACGAUGACAUGAAGCCACGUGACAUAACACAACAGCAGCAACAACAACAACAACGGCAGCAGCAGCAGCAGCCCAUGCUGUAUGAGGAUGUGGACAACGGCACCGGCACCGAUGGCAAUGACGAUGAUGAGGAGCCCGGAUACGACCAGCUCGAGGGCGUCAACUUGCCCGUUGCGCACUUUGAGUCCAUGUAUGAGAAUGACGGCGAUGGUACUGGUGCGUUGGCGGCUGCGAUCACGCCCGCGCCGAGCAGCAACAGCAGCAACCCGUUGCCGCCACUGCCAACGCCUCCACAGCAGUCACAGAACGCGCCGCAACCGCACCAACCGCCACACGAGCAAGCGGCACUACACCAGCCCUCGCCAUAUGGGGAGCCCAUCAGCGGGGAUGUGUACGGCGCGCCGCUCCCGACAUCCAUUGGUGCCCCACCACCAACAGCAACGACAACAGCAGCAACAGGGGCAGCAGGCCACCAGGACUCGGCAGACCUGUACAUCACAACGGACGACGUGCAAGUGCGCGCUGAGGAAAAGUCGGAGAAGCGGGCGGCGGUGGCGCUGAGCAACGUGCGCACAGACGUUGCACUUGAGUCACUCGACCUUGAUGCCGUGGCCGACGCAGCCCUCGAACCCACGGGCGCAGAUGGCGACGAUGGUGGUGAUGAUGACCCGCGCAGGUUUGAUCCGUCUGCUCAGCCCGUAUACAUUGACCUUGAUGAUGACGACGCCGACAACAAUGGAAGUGGCAGUGUCUCUGCGCAGCCGCAGCGGCCGGCGGUGGAGGAGUGCCUGUACGACACGGUGCGGGUAAUGACGCCCAGUGCAGCCAAGCGGCGCAGCGAGAACCAAGGGGGCGUGGCGCCUGGUUGGGCAAUGGGCGAUGAUGGUUCAUACAUGCUGGAGCGGCCUGGCGAGCCGGAGCAGCACGCACUGCCAAAGGACGCCGGGUACCUCGAGGCGGAUGGCGCAACAUCCGCCGAUGAGGAUGCCGAAACCAUGGCCAUCGGUGGUGCGCACACGGACGCGCGUGGUGUUUCGCACACGGACGUGCACCUUGGCGACUCGCCCGCUGGCCGCGGCGGUCUCAAGGCGCGCCCGCAACUGCGAAGGUCGCGACGAGAGGAGAAGCCAGACGUCAUCCCAUCGGCUGCACGCACGGUGGCCACUUCACCCACUGCGAAGCCCGCGGCACCAUCGCCUGCCGUUGCCUCGAAGGCGUCCACGCCUGCUGUUGUUCCACAGCCGUCACAGUCGUCGCCUCUCGCCUGCAACGUGGGCGAGACACCGCCUGCUGAGCGGCCACCAGCCCGCCCUGCGCUGCCGACCCGCCAACGCGUGCGCAACACGUCGUCCUCUUCCUCGGCAACAUCUGCGCAUGCGUCUCCACGCACCUCCGCCGCAAUUCCACCAACGCCAACAGCGGCUGCGCCUCCGUCAGCCACACCGCCCCCACGCCCACCGCACAAAUCACAGCAGCAGCAGCAGCAGCAGCAGCAGCAGCGCCGGUCGUACGGGCGAGAUGAGGCGCAACCGUACACGCAGCUGCCGCCAUCCCGCAAGGCAGCGGGGGCGCGACGUGCUGUUCACUCUGCGCCGCAACCGCCACCGCACUCGCGCCAUCAGCCCGGUGCUGGCGACGACAGCGGCAGAGGUGGUGGUGAUGAUGAGCCGUUGCCACCGCUGCCGCCAAAGCCGCCCAAGCUGCAGAACCCGAACCUUGGUGUUCCUCCUGAGCUGCAGGAGAGCCAAGAUGCCCCGCCGCUGCCCAAGAAGGGCGGCAGGCGGCGGUGAGGUGUCUCACGCAUAUGGCAUGAAUCCAUGAUGUUUAUGUACUCGGAUGACAUGGGUGUGAACGUGUGUGAAAGUUUGUGUGUGUGUGAAUGUGCGUGUGAAUGUGUUUGUUGAGUGUAAAUGCGUUUGUUGAGUGUGUGAAUGUGUU